AUGACCUUCCUCCUCCUCUUUAUGACCUUCCUCCUUCUCUUCAUGAUCUUCCUCCUCCUCCUCAGAAUAGUAGUGCUCCUCUUGUCGAUACCGCAACACCGUAUAGUCGUCCUCGUCAACAACAACGCUGGAGGUUUUGUGUCCAAAUCCGGUGCUACCAGAUUGCACGCCAUACUCGGUAGAUGUAGUAAAUGUAAUGGCCUCGAACGUUGGGCCGGGGUCCGUUGGUAUGCGACUGAUCUGCAGGCGGAAGAAAGACUCGAGUGUCAGAAGCUGAUUCUGACGGUGGUCGUGACGAGAGGGCGGCAACUGUUGCGCCAUGAGGACGCUGCAUGCCUAUUACGAGCUGUUAGCGCUAUGCAAUGUGACAAGAUGAGGAAGCUCACCAUCAUAGCCACAGCAGGAAGAAGUCGCGAGCACUCCCCAAGCUCUUUUCUGAGCCUCACAAAACCACUUUGCAGCGGGCAAGGUCUGAGGACUCUGGGUGUGGAUGGUAUCAUCGAUCUCGCCGAGAAGGUCUACACCAGCUGCGUACAGAUCGUCGGCGGCUUUCAGUGGCAGGAGGUAUUCCAGGUUGUGAAGCAGAGCUUCUAUGAUAUCGUAAAAGAGAUCAAACGAUGCUUGAUCGGCCAGCCCUUGCCGAAAGGCUUGGUUGAGGAGGGAGAGGGAACAGGAAUCGAGGGCGAAGCCCAGGCGCAGGGAGUCGGUGAUGAACUUUGUGUUUGUGUGAAGACCGCCAGCAAACAUGUGACGCCAAGCCGCUUCCCACCACCUCCAAUGCCGCUUUCAGCCAUCCAACCAGCUGCUCCAUCUCUCUCACAACCACACACCACUAAGAGGCGCUCCGCGUCAACCAUACCACCACCGACAGGCGCUCCGCGUCACCUUUACACCAUCAUCAACAUGGCGCCGACCUCGUGGUCCGCCGCGGCGGACAUCAAACUCUCAUCCAGCCUCGAGCAGAACUUGGCUCUCCACUCCCUUCAUGGCAGCGACCAGCUGGGUAUUGCCAAACGCUUCAUCCACGACUACGCAUACCUCGUCUACGCAGCAGCGUGCCUUAGCAAUGCCACCAACAUCUGGCCAAACAGCACCGAAAACAUCAGAGAGGUGAUGAAGUGGGUCGAGAAGGCAAACAUUGCGUGGGGUGCUGUCUCCUCUGAGCUCGGUCUUCAGCUUCAUCGCAUGACUCAAGACGCCAUCAACGACAGACAAGGCGACAUUGAAUGGUAUGCGCUCGGCACGUCAGACCUCCAUAGCGGUAUACACGCCGUCGUCAAGGAAUACGUGCGCUUCAGCUUUAUCGAGCCAGUCCUUGCCAAGAACGCGAAAUACUGGGGUCUUGUCGACGAGGAUGACACCCGCCGUACGGGAUCUGCGCAGCUCGAGAAGGCGACUGAUGACCUGUGGUCAGCGCUGGAGAACCCGAUCCCAUCUCAAGUCGAGGCUCGCAAUGCAGAGUUGGAUCCAGUCCGUGAGCAAGACCGUAUGCAUAAGACCUUCGGUAUCCGCGCCAGAAUGGCAGAGGCGCUGCAGCCGCUGUUGACGCAGUAUCGCAAGAAUGGCUUCGGAGUCGCUGAUGAGGCUACUCUCGAGGCAUUGCGCCCAGUGGUCCAGCAGUACAAGAAGGAAGUCGCUCAGCUCGCCGUGAUCACGGAGUACGCUGAGAGUCCUGCAAACAAGGGAGUGUUGCGGAUUGCAGGGCCGCAUGUCGACCUCAUCCUCCCAGGCGUGGCUGGAAGCAGUCAAGUCACUCGCAUCACUGGUACGUAA